ACCGGAUGUAGACGCAGUUUCCCCGGGAAAACUCGGGUACCGUAGUGGUUGUGGCUCAUAACAGAAGCAGGUUGAGCGUUUAUGAGCGAUGGAGAAAAUAACAGAGAAGCUUCUAUUGGAGAAAGGCUCCCCAAAAACCAACAAGCUGGAACAGAUCACAACUUUGAAUCUAUCUAAGAUGGGGCUGAAGCUUGAGGACCUCCCUGUGAAGCUGCUUUCCCGUCUGAGGUCCCUGAAGCGUUGGGAUCUGUCUGGAAACAGACUGCAGGAGUUUCCUGCGAGUUUGGACCUGCCUGCGCUUCGGUACCUGGACCUGAGUGAUAACCAGAUGGAGGACGUCACCACCCUGGAAUCCCUGAGGGGUCUGGAGGAGCUCAAGAUGGAUGACAACCUUUAUAUCACUGUGAGUGACAAUUACAAGCUGUUUGUGUUGCUGCCCAAUCUGAGGAUUUACAACAGCAAAGAUGUCACCACCUCCGCCAACCAUCUGAGAUAUGUCUACAGCGACAACCUGAGGACCAGGAUGAUUGCAGUUUGGGAGAGGAGCUUCAGCCUCCCCGAUCUCAUCUCUGCUGAGAAAAUGUCCUCCUUGGAGAAGAACUUUGUGAGAGCUGCACGUCAACAGGUUAAAUUUGGCCCCAGUUCUGUUGCUGAUUUCACCAGAUGGAGGGUGGAGAUUCUGGCUAAGGAGUUUCUGCGCUCUCUGACAGAACCAAAGGAUGGCAAAGAUCACACCGAGAAUAAAGAGAAAACUGAUGUAUCUACACCUUCCAAGAGGAAACAAACUGACCUAAUGACAGAUGCCACCAUAAGCCUCACACCCCGCAAAAAGCUACGUGCCGACCUCCCCAAAUCACCUGCCCAAAGCAGUCCUCACAAAUCCAGCCUCCGCCUCAAACCACAGACAGGUACCCAGAUCCGGAUGAGCCCCCUGAAACCAAACAGAGUUCCCCCUACCCCCACCAAAGGACAGAGAAGGACAGAGACGCCCAGAAGCAGUACUGAAGUGCAAGAAGCCAAAGAGAAGGAACGGACAGAAAACCCCAGCAGAAAGGAUGCAAAGGCUGCAGAGCUGCAUAGAAAUGCACACGUGCAGCCUGUCAUAAAAGCUUGCAGCAAAACACAGCCGGUAUCCCUGAAGCCGCUGCACGUUCUGCAGUGCCACAGUAAGCAGGACAGCUCGGAGGACUUCUCUACCCAGCUGUGGGCCUGCGCCUUUCAGCCGCUCUCAGAAUCCAAUGGAGGAAGCCGCUUGGUGGCAACAUGUGGAGGAGACUCGGUCUGUGUGAUUGACUGUGAAACAGGGAUGGUGAUGAAGAAGUACAAAGUUCCAGGAGAGGAGUUUUUCUCCCUGGCUUGGUCCACCGUGUUGAUGUCCAGGAGGGGCAGCGCUCCAUCUCAGGCCUGCAGCAUUCUCGCCGCUGGCGGGAAGAGAGGAGCCAUCAAACUGAUCCAUCCCAGGGACAACGUGGCGUACGGCGAGUUCAGAGCCAGCCGAAAGCCGCUGUCGGUACUCCGCUUCAACCACAGACAGGGAAACUUCCUCUUCACGGGCUCCUAUGACAACAAAAUAGCCAUGUGGGAUGUCGGAGGAGUGGACAGCCAUUACAACUUCAAAGUUGUUCAGCUGCUGACGUUGGAGGUCGGCGCCACGCCUUUGCACAUCUGCCUGCCACCAGCCGCCCCCGACACACACCUAUUGACUGCCUGCGAAGACGGCCUGCACUGCUACAACACGCAACUGGGAGCCAACAGCACAACAAAGAGGUCAAAGGAGAUGGAAAUAACUUUCCCCAUUUAUAAGGAGGAGGACAAACAACACAACUAUCGCACUAUUGAUGGUCUGAGUUUUCUGACUGAUGAUGUAGUGGCCUCUAAGAGCCACACCCAUGGAUCCAUUUACCUGUGGAGCUGGAGCAGGACCAAGUCUCAGCGGCCGAACAAGAGCAACAGGUCUGUGUGCGCUGAGGUUCUUGCUGAGCUGCAGUGGGCCAACACUGACAUUCCCUACCUGGCUCUAAACACCUGCCCAGGAUGGGCCUACAUAGUCUGUGGAGAUGACAAGGGCCUAAUAUGGACUUAUCACGUCACCAACCUCCAGGAAAACCGUUUUCAGACUAGGAAACCCAUUCCACCCACAGAGGUGCUGGAAUGGCCGACCCCAGUGAGGAAAGGCCUGGGCCCAAUCGAGGGCCCCUCCAUCAACAGUGUGGCGAUGGACCCAGAGCUUCACUACCUGGUUGCCCUCACUGAUAUGAAUAUGGUGGUCAUAUGGAAGAGAGAGGCGUCGUCCUGAGGAACGUGGACCGAACCUUCCAAUGAAGAGCAGCUUUUUAGGACUAACAAACCUACAGGGUUUGCCCUGUCAGAAAUGAGGCGGAGGAAAUGUUGGUAUUUUCUUCAGAACUGAUUCAGUGAUCUGUUGGACCAUCACCACUUCAUCCAGCCUGGAAUGAUUUUAGUUCUUCCUCUUUGACCUUAAUGUCUUUGGGACAAUGACUUUCAGGAAGCUGCCACACUGCUCCGCAUGUUCAGAACAUCUAACACAGUUACAGAUCCAGGGAAUACAAUAAUACAUUUUAAUAGUGGUUUUAUAGAUUUUACAUGCUGAUGCUUACAGAAAAUAUCUCUGUGACUCAACUGUUGUCCAAAACUGACCGUAAAAACACAUCUAAAUGUAAGAAUUACAGGGAUUUCUGUGUUUUAUAUGUAUGGUGGCUUUGCAAUGUUAUGUGGCUUACAAAAUUAAGCUUUGUCUGAUUUGUAAACUUAAAUGUGAGUCUUUGGCCCAGAUUUGCCUGUUUUAAGUAAACUGUGGUUCUUAAAUACA